AUGCCUGUUUAUCUGUUUCCUUUUACCAACACUAUUUUCUUUUCCAGAAGGAAUGCAGGUUAUAUUGAAACACAAAAUCUUACACGUGUCUCAGAAUUCCAUCUCUUGGGAUUCUCGGAGGAUCCAGACCUACAGCUCAUCAUUUUCGUGCUGUUCCUGUUCAUGUACCUGGUCAUGGUGCUCGGGAAUCUGCUCAUCAUCCUGGCUGUCACCUCAGACUCCCACCUCCACACCCCCAUGUACUUCUUCCUCUGCAACCUAUCCUUGGCUGAUGUGGGUCUCACCUCCACCACGGUUCCCAAGGUGAUUGUGGACAUCCACACUCACAGCAUAGUCAUCUCCUAUGUGGGCUGCCUGACACAGAUGUCUUUCUCCAUCACCUUUGGAUGCAUGGAUGAUUUGAUUCUGACUGUGAUGGCCUAUGACAGGUUUGUCGCCAUCUGCCACCCUCUUCAUUACCAGGUCAUCAUGAACCCCCAACGCUGCGGUUUCUUAGUUUCAGUGUCGGUUGUGGCCAGCCUUUUGGAUUCCCUGCUGCACAGUUUGAUGGUCUUGCAAGUUACCUGCUUCAAGGAUGUUGAAAUUUCCAGUUUCUUCUGUGACCCUUCUCAGCUUCUCAACCUCACCUGCCUUGACACGAUCACCCAUGACAUAUUCAUAUGUUUUGUUGGUGUCGUAUAUGCUUUUCUCCCUAUGUCAGCACUCUUCUUCUCUUAUUAUAAAAUCGUUUCCUCCAUUCUGAGGGUCCCAUCACCAGGUGGGAAGUACAAAGCCUUCUCCACCUGUGGCUCUCAUCUGACAGUUGUUUGCUUAUUUUAUGGAACAGCUAUUGGGGUGUAUCUUAGUUCAGCAGCCUCACUUUCUCCAAAGACGUGUGCAGUGGCCUCGAUGGUGUACAGUGUGGUCACCCCCAUGCUCAACCCCUUUAUCUACAGCCUGAAGAACAGGGACAUCAAGAGGGCCAUAUGGAGGCUCCUCAGCAACACAGUCUCUGUGCCGUGCAUUUGGAAAGGAGUAGGGGUUAUACUGAAAAACAAAAUCUCACACAUGUCUCAGAAUUCCAUCUUAGAGGAUCGAGACUUGCAGCCCCUCAUUUUGGUGCUGUUCCUGUCCAUGUACCAGGUCACUGAGCAUGCGAACCUGCUCAUCAUCCUGGCCAUCAGCUCAGGCUCCCACCUCCACUCCCCCAUGUACUUCUUCCUCUGCAGCCUCUCCUUGGCAAACGUGGGUUUCACCUCCUCCACAUUUCCUAAGAUGAUUGUGGAUGUCCAUACUCACAGCACAGUCAUCUCCUAUGUGGGCUGCCUGACGCACAUGUCUCUCUUCAUCAUCUAUGGUUGCAUGGAUUUCUUGAUUCUGAAUAUCAUGGCCUGA